CCAAAACAAAAACAAAAAGAACAAGUUUCAGCGAAGGCAAAGCAAAGAAGAAAAGAAAUGGCAAAGAACCUCAUCAACAUCGUCAGUUUCACUGUUCUCUUGGUUGUCCUCCUGAUGGCUUCAACUGGAAUCAUUAAGACCGAGGCUCAGGGUGUCCCUUGCACAGCUGGAUGUAGUCCACGUGCGUUCCUCGACGAGUGCCCGGCAGCCCACGGAACCACAGAUGCGAUAUGCUGUAGCUGUUGCAAAUCCACAUACGGUUCUCCUCCAGUCUGCUUUGCGAUUAUUGAGGGCACUGAUAGACACUGCCACUGCUACAAACAGGCUUGAUAUAACCUCAUCAAUAUAAGUACCAAGUGUGACUUUUGUCUCCUUUCGGUGUAAGGACAUGACAUUUGUGUUUGUUUCUGUUCAUGUUUCUUUUGCUUCCAAAUAAAACAUCAAGGGCAAAGCUUACCAUUGCUUGCCCCCUCUCAA